UACUCAUUCGGUCCAUUUGCGGCCACCCUGAUGACAAAUCAUUUUUGCGUGAACGUUAUUAAAAUCUGCAUUAAAAGUAUACAUAUGCAUGUGUAUAUUUAAAUAAUUUUUGUAUUUCCUUGAACGCAACAUGAUUAUUACUAUAAAAAAUCUUCAACAGCAAACUUUUACUAUUGAGUUUGCGCCAGAAAAAACGGUUUUGGACCUGAAGAAAAAAAUAUUCGACGAGCGCGGUGCGGAAUAUGUUGCCGAAAAGCAGAAACUCAUUUAUGCAGGCGUCAUUUUGACUGAUGAGCGUACUAUUGGAUCAUACAAUGUCGAUGAAAAGAAGUUCAUAGUAGUGAUGUUGACACGCGAUUCAUCUAGUGUAAAGCACAAUCAAAAUUGUCCAAAGGAAACUGAGAAGUUGACAACCACUAAGAAUGUAAAGUCCCCAGAAAACUUAAACACUAAUAACGCUUCUGCCACUGGGAUUACAGAAGAUCAGUUACCUGUCCCAACACGUGAAACAAUAGCUCCAGUUCCAAGACCAAUUUCCCGUAACGAUUUGAUUGGCGAGUUGGCCAAUGCUUCCUUACAGUCGCGCGCUGAAUCUAACUUGCUAAUGGGUGACGAAUACAACCAAACUGUUCUGUCAAUGGUGGAAAUGGGUUACCCCCGCGAGCAGGUGGAACGUGCGAUGGCCGCUAGCUACAAUAACCCAGAAAGAGCCGUUGAGUACCUCAUUAAUGGAAUACCCGCUGAGGAGGAAGCUAUAUAUAAUGUUGUGGAUGAAUCCACAAAUCCAAGAGUAAUCACCUCCGGACCUCAAGCGUCAUCUGUCGAUCGUCCACCAGAAUCAAAUUCAGAUCCCUUUGAAUUUUUAAGGAGCCAACCUCAGUUUCUACAAAUGCGUUCUUUAAUAUAUCAAAACCCCCACCUUUUACAUGCCGUACUGCAGCAGAUUGGUCAGACAAACCCAGCUCUUUUACAACUUAUUUCUGAGAACCAAGAUGCGUUUCUUAACAUGCUAAAUCAACCGAUUGAAAGCGAAUCAGAAACAAAUGAGUCAGAAGCGCGCGGUUCAAACGCUCGUACGCAGUCGAAUUCUGCUGAGAUUGAAAGCCUGUUUUCGUCAGAAUUGGAAGGAGCUGUUGCAGCACAAAGAACAGCCGCUGGCGGAAGUGUGAUUCAAAGAGAUAACGCACAUAAUAUUGAAGAUUUGGAACAACCUUCAGGAGUCUCAACCAUUCGUCUAAAUCGCCAAGACCAGGACGCAAUAGAAAGGCUGAAAGCACUUGGAUUCCCAGAGGCUCUUGUACUGCAAGCUUACUUCGCGUGUGAAAAGGAUGAGGAACUUGCAGCUAAUUUCUUACUUUCUUCUAGCUUUGAUGAUUAGGUUGGCGAAAUGUAAAAAGUUAUUCAUAUACUACAUACAGAAAUCGUUACAAAUAAAAAAUUAUGUUCUAAAACCAUA